UCUCUCUCUCUCUCUCUCUCUCUCUCUCUCUCUCUCUUCUCAGCUCGAAACCCUAGCCCUAGCUCUCUCUUUCACGCUCGAUCUUCCUCUCCAAUGGCGGAGGCGCCGCCGAGCAGCUGCUUCUUCGAGUUCCUGAAGCCCGCGGCGGAGGAAGCGUCGGCGGCGGCGGCGGAGGCGCGGUCGUUCGCCUGCGCCUACUGCUCGCGGCGCUUCUUCACGUCGCAGGCCCUCGGCGGCCACCAGAACGCGCACAAGCGAGAGCGCGCCGCGGGAUCCCGUCGCGGCCUCCCGCCGUCGUCCUCCUCAGCCGCCGUGCCGCCGCCGCCGCCGCCGCCCUACGGUGGUUACGUCUUCGUGCACGGCGUCCCCGGCGGAGCUCCGCCGCCUCCGCCAGUCACCAAUGCCGCGGAGCUCGACAUCGACCUCGACCUCUCCCUUCAUCUAUAAGCUUCCUCUUCCUCUCCUCC